GAUUCGGAUAAGGUAUUACAACCAUUAUCAAAUAUUUUUAAGGAUCAAGAGGAUUUUUUAACUUCUAAAAAUGAACCAAUUAAUUUUACAAAUCCUAAUAGUCAUAUUAUUUAUAAAUUAAAUUUUUAUAAAUCUUUAGUAGAUAAAAAUAUUACUAAAAUUAAGAAUGUGAAAAAUAAUUUUGUUAAUGUAAAAAGUGAAAAUUUGAUGAAUGGCAUGAAAAAGUCAAAAUUAGGUUUUCCAGAUGUAGUUUAUCCAGAGAUUAUGAUUAUUUUAGACAAGAAACUAUUUUCUUAUUUUGAAUAUAAUGUCGAAAAAGCAGUUUACUAUGUAUUAUCUUACUGGAAUGCAGUUGAUUUACUUUUUAGAAAAUUGGAAAAACCAAAAGUUCGAUUAAAUAUUGGUGGAAUUAUUUUAGCUGAGGAAAAUUUACCAUUUAUAGAUAAAAAAUUCAUUGAGGAAAAUAGUUUACAUGAUUUUACACAGUUUUUAUUUAAGCAGAAGGAAAUUAAAUUUAAAAAACAUUAUGACGCUGCAAUGUUAAUGACUGGAUAUACGAUUAAAAAUAAUGACAAUAAUAAAAUAAAAGGAAAAUCAUAUGUUGGAACAGCAUGUUGGGAAAGUAUUUUAAGAAAAAGAAUUAUGGCUACAAGUGUUGUUACGCAUAAAAAACUUUACAGUUCAAUUAUUUCAACAGUUCAUGAAUUAGCUCAUUUAUUUGGAGCUACUCAUGAUGGACUUUCACCAGAAUCAUAUAUAGGUGGACCAGGUGGAAAAGACUGUUUUUUUGACGAUGGUUUCAUUAUGAGCCACAAACGACAUAAUAAAAAUCAAUUUGAAUUUUCCAAAUGUAGCAUAAAAUCAAUGUCAUUUUUCUUUAGUCGAAAGAAUGCAGAAUGUCUUCGAAAUAAACCAAAUGGUCAAAAUGAAUGGUUUAUUUUAUAGGUUUUAUAUAAAAAAAAAAAUGUUCAAUGAAUGAAAACACA